CAAUAAUCUCGAUUGUAUUCUGCUCGUGUGCCCCGUAGAGCUGCCGUGUGGACGCGUGUAGCCCCUUUCUCGUGCCAGUAAGUAAAGUUCGGGAUAAUUCCAUCCGACGUCGAUCAACGUUAUAUACCGCGGCUCGUCGUGUGCCACGAGACAUCCGCGUGAGUGGAUAGAAGUGUCGCUCGAAUCCCUUUUUUUUGCAUGCACGAUAGCAUGUGUUUUGCCUGCAAAACUGCAACGAGACAUUUUCCAGCGUUCAUGAACUGCUGCCUCUCGUGCGGCAACCAUAAGCUGAACUGAAUGCUCUGCAAGUGCAACUACUCGUCUGAAACAUCCUGACAUCGCCGCGUAUCUGAAAUUUCGACCUUACAUGCUUUCAUUAAAGCUAGAGCCUCGACACUAUGGAUUCAAUGUAUCAACAGAAUUUACAAGAUAUUCAAUUUCUGGACUUCAGUGAUCUGGAUAAUCACACAAGAAAUGAAUUAGUUGACCUUUUAAGACCCAAUAAUGAAACCAGUGAGGGUCUAAAAUUGCCAUGGCCGGUUCCAGUAGAACAGCAACCGAUAUAUCAACAACCCAUGAUAUAUCAAACAGUUCCAGAGACACAUGAAGAAACACCCAAACUAUGCUACCCAUAUGAAGUCGACCCUACUUUUAUAAAGUAUGAAAAUCAAGCUACAAAUCAAUCGUCGCUUUACAUGCCUGUGCCAAAUAUGAUGCAGUACACGCAACAAGUUAUGCCAGUGUAUCAAUCUGAAUGGCAGCACCAUAUAAAUAAUAUGCCGGCUGAACCACAAAAUUACCUCCCAUAUAAUCAAGAACUUCCAGGUAUGUAUAUUCCAUACAGUGAACAUCGAGAGAUGCCACCAAUGAGGGAGAAUAACGGUAGACGUCGAGGUUCUGGACGCCAACACAAGAAUUAUUCACGCAAUAUGAACCACAAUACACAAGAUAUACAAAAUGCGUUCAUCAAUGAACAUAAUCAGUAUGCAAUGGGACUACCAGCACAUCCUUCAUACAUGUAUAUGCAAGAGCAACAAGUUGCUCAUCCUGCACCAAAUCACCCAGUUUUUUACCCUCCCCAAACUAUGUACCAGCCGAUGACACAGCCAAAUCAUCGUGUUGAAUAUAUGUCUCCAGUUUACCAUCCACCCUCAACCCAUAAAUUUAAUCGUCAGUCUAAUGCUAACCAAAUGAAUGGGGAUGCCAAAGUAACAAAUCAUAAAUCUUAUGAUAGAAAAAUACAAAAACAAUCAAACUUGUUACCAGAAAUGCCAAUUGAUGUACAGUCCAAUGUGCUACAUGAUUUGCAAUCAGAAAUGCAAUUAAAUCUACAACAAGAUUUACAACAAGUUGCACAACGAGACGUACCGCAAAUAACUCGUGAUGUGCAACCAAUCGUUCAACAAGAUGUACAGCGAGAUGUACAACCAAUUGCACAAACUGAUUCAAAAUCGAAUGUACACUUGAAUGUACAAGGCAACGUUCAAAAUUCUUCGGCGAUGAUAAUUGUGAACGCAGAUCUUCCCCUUACCGAAAAUUGCAGAGAAUCGAAAAAUUCUCUUAACCCGGAAAAUUCACUUCCCAAAUCGGAAGAUAAUUGCUCAAAAUCAGAAGCUAUCGAUGAAACUUUAGUUAUUAAUAAAAACAAUAAAUUUUUAACUGCUUCAACUGUCGAAUAUGUUGAACAAAAUAACAAAGAAGUAAGCGAUUUACCAGCAGCUGCAUUGAGUAAAGAGCAAUCUCCAAUUACAGACACAAAAAUAACAGAUCACAAAGAAGCAUCUGUAAUAGUGGAACCGAAAUUGGAGCAAGUCAAAGAAGAAAAGAAGGUACAAAUCACUGGGCCACAAAAGACUGAAAAAACUCUUUCAGAUAAAAAUAACGAAGUGCCUGCUACUGUAGAAACAAAAACGUCCAGUGAACCUCCGAAACCAGCGUUCUCUUGGGCUGAAUUAGUGAAGAAACCUAACGGAUUAUCAGGUUCUGAAAAUAUUCACUCAAAGCCGGCACCUUUGGUGAAUUCUAACGUUAAUAAGGCAUCGAUUCCACAUGACGUAAACGACAAAAAUAAGACGAUAAGAAAAAAUGUACAGCAAACAAAACGACAGACUGAAAAUACGGAACGAGUUCAGACAGAAAACAAACCAAAACCGAUUUCAACGCCGACCAAUUUAAAUGACAAAUCUUCUAAACAUUAUGACGAGCCAAUCUCCUACAGGAUGGGUGAAUUUUUAUUAACUUAUGAACUAAAUAAGCAAACUGUAAGUUUCUUACCUCGAGGCUUGACAAACAGAAGCAAUUAUUGCUAUAUCAAUAGUAUACUGCAAGCACUGUUAGCUUGUCCACCUUUUUAUAACUUAUUGAUGGCUAUGCCCUACAAUAAGUCCGUGUCGAAAAAUUCUCGCAGUCCUUUGAUAGAUAAUAUGAUCAAAUUUGCUCGAGAAUUCUCUCCAUUGCCCGAAGGAGCUCGCUUAGGCAGACGCGAUAGAACUCAUAAAAAACUCGAAGAUGCUGCCGAUAUACAGUCGGGUGUUCCGUUUGAACCUUCGUAUAUCUACAGUACAAUGAGAAAUACAUCUACUGCAGGGUCCUUUUCAGUGGAAGGCAGACAAGAAGAUGCGGAAGAAUUCUUGUCCUGUUUACUCAAUAACCUCGGUGACGAAAUGUUAGAGCUCAUGAAAUUAGCCGAUAACAAUGAGCAAAAACCUGCCGAAUGCACAAAGCCAACUGCUGACACUGCCACGUCUGACAACCCCGAAGACCCAGACGAAUGGAAAAUAAUGGGCCCUAAAAAUAAAGGAUCUAUUACGCGAAGCACUGAUUUCGGUCGUACACCGCUUUCGGACAUAUUUAGAGGCCAGAUAAGAUCGAGGGUGUCUCGAGGAGCUGAAUUAUCAGACUAUGUGCAGCCUUUCUACACAUUGCAACUUGAAAUCGAGAAAGCAGAUUCGGUCAAAACUGCUUUAGAUCUACUAGUUGGAAAGGAUCCUUUAGAAGGCAUGACCUGUAGCAAAACAAAACAAAAGAUUGAAGCAUGGAAACAAGUGACAUUAGAAGAUUUACCAGUGAUAUUAAUUUUACAUUUGAAGUGGUUCGACUACAAUCUUGAUGGGUGCUCGAAAAUUCUCAAGAGUGUGGAAUUCCCUAUAGACCUUAAAAUCGAUAGUAAAAUAAUGUCAGCUCCUGCCCGACCAAAACUCAAUUCAAAACAAAAACAAUACAAACUAUUUGCUGUCACGUAUCACGAUGGCAAAGAAGCCACUAAAGGCCAUUAUAUCACGGACGCUUUUCACGUAGGCUACGGCGGCUGGGUCCGUUAUGACGACAGUUCACUGAAAGGUGUUUCAGAGUUCAGUGUACUAAACCCACAGUCACCUCGAGUCCCAUAUUUAUUGUAUUAUAGGAGAUGUGAUACAAUUGGUAACAGCCAAACAAAUAUUAGCAAAACGCGGUAGAAUAAUAACAAGGGGGUAGCAGGGGGGAUUAUUAUAAA